UAGAACCACGUAGCACCAGCCUUGGACCGUACCCACCAGCAGCAGCAGCAGGAGAGGACAUGGAUCUGUUUGAGUUCGACUUCUUCAGAGACUGGGAGAUCGAGCAGCCAUGCUACCUGGAGUCUGAACGCAGCGCUCUGAAGAAGAAGGAGUGGGAGAGGAGGAACCAGGAGGUCCAGCAGGACGAGGACUUACUCUCUACUGGAUUCAAUCUGUUUGGGGAGCCUUAUAAAACUAACAAAGGUGAUGCAUUGGCGAGUCGUGUUCAGAACACUCUGGGCUCCUAUGAGGACAUGAAGGACCUGUUAACCAGCCAUUCCAACCAGAGCCACUUGGUUGGGAUCCCAAAAGGCUCCAACAACCUCCAGACGCCAUCCACCUCAGCUACAGAGAGACCUGCCCUAGAGUCCCAGCUUUCUACGGAGGCCCUGAGAGGACAAACAUGUAGUGAAGACAGAGCAGAUAAGACUGAGUCCUCCUCUUCUUUAACCUCCAUCCAGUCUCCUGCACCGACCACAGCAGUAUCGACCAUCACAGCAGUCCAACACCAGAAUCUGAAACAGUCUCACAGCUCCAAGGAGUGGUCAAGGACAGGCCAUGGACCGAGCAGCCAAGGACCAGGCCUUCCUGCAGGAUCAGGACAGACCAGGCAGGAACAGGUCACACUAGCUACCAGCAGCAGAGGGAAAAUGUUAGAAGACCAGAGACAAGAGGAGCUGUUCAGCUCCCUGAAAGAUGAACUGGGUCUUAAAGGAGACUCUAGUCCUUCUGCCUCUUCAUCAUCCUCCUCGUCCUCCUCUCCAUCCCAGAGAAGGAACUUCCCCCAGCCCUCCAAAGCACUUCCUGUCCCAGAAGUCAGCCACUUUACCGGAGGCCGUUUUAAAUCCUCCCUGUUUGAAAAUGACGCUGGGUCUCAACUCUCAACUUCUUCCUCUCCGCUCGCUUCCACAUCUGUUCUGACGACUCCGGGUCUAACAGCCCCCGUUCCUGGACUGACUACCCCUACUUUUCCGCCCGGUAGCAUUUCUGGAAAACUUAUGGCAGUGCAGCAAAAGCCGACUGCAUACGUUCGACCGAUGGAUGGCCAGGACCAGGCGCCUAGUGACUCUCCCCAGCUGAAACCUUCUCUACGAACCGCAGAAGGAUUUACCAACGGUCAGACGUUUGGAGGAAACUCUAACAACGUGAAGAACAAACUUCCAAAACUGAGUCUGAGCCACACAGGAGAGGUCAGCCUACCCAACGACUCCAGCUGUGUUGAAGACAUUUUAAGGGAGAUGACCCACUCCUGGCCACCUCCUCUCACUGCCAUACACACUCCUGGGAAGGCCGACCACUCCAAGUUCCCCAUCCUGAACAAGGAACCUCAGCAUGUGACCUCGGGCUACAGCUCCCAGAAACGGUGUAGUGUCUCAGCAAGCAAGCCGGCCGCUAAACCUCCGACUGCACCACAGAAGUCAAUGUUGGAGGAUGACCUGAAGAUCAGCAGCGAUGAAGACGAGGCCGAACCAAAGGUGUCUGAAAAACCAAAAGCCAGAAGCUCAGCCCUGAGUGGAGCAUCAGGGAGCAGCAGCGAAUCAGAGAGCAGCUCAGAGUCUGACACUGACGAAUCAGAGAGCAGCUCCAGUGACAGUGAAUACAAUCAGGUCUCCUGCACAAGCGUCCCAGAGAGGGAGCCUCCAUCCAGCAAUAAGUGGCAGCUGGACAGCUGGUUGAAUAAAGUCCAAGCCCAGAACAAACCCCUGGUCUCCUCACAGCCAGAGCAUCACGGUACAGGCUCCAGCUCCCAGCCUGGAGACUCUUUCUCUCCACUCGAUGAAGCACAAGAAGCCAAAACGAAAGCGUGUGGUGCCAGUAGCAACCCUGCAGAAGCCGGCCCAAAGGUGGACCACACGGAUACAAGGUGCGCCUUCUGCCCGGGGAGAGACAAGGCCAAGGCCAAGCUGAGCCAGAAGGCCUCAGGGGAGGGCCAGAGGUCUAAGUCCAAGCUGUCCUCAGGACCAGAGGCCACAACCCCUCGCAGGAUCACCACAGGGAAGAAGCAGCCCAGACAGACAGAGACGUCAAACAGCUUAGAGGAGAAUCAGAACCAGACAUGGAGCGCGUCAAAACAGCACAGCCCUGCAGCGAGGGACAAGGACUCGCUGCCUCCUCUUUCGCUGGAGCAUCAGAUCCCCCAGAGGACUUGUAGCAAACCGCCCAAUGGGAAAACGGCCCCCAGGAAAGAACCCCGAAGUGCCACGGAUAUAAACAACAACACAGUCGCUCCAGCGGCAGUGCAACAGCAAACCACGGUGCCGCCCCCUGCAGAAAAGAAAAAACACAGAAGUACGAGCCACAAAAUCCUGCCUAAGUCUCGAGAAUUCAUCGAAACAGAUUCCUCUUCCUCCUCUUCUGAAUGCCAUUCAGAUUCUGAGAAAACCGUGAAAAUCUUCCCUCUGCCGCCUCAGACGACACCAUCUGGGAGUAACACACAGUCCAACGCACACAGACAUACUUCUCUUCCUCCAAGCCUCUCCUCUGCCACCAGUUUGGGCAGCGUAGGAACAUUUGGAGGGAAGAGGCUUCCAGCCAUGGACGCUAGCAGUGAGAGCAACAGUAGCAGCAGCGGUGGGAGUAAAGGCAGUAGUAGUAACUGUCUCAGCAUCAGCAGCAUCACUGGGUCGUUUGGUAUCUCUGUGCCUGAUCCUGGAGGGUCUGAGGCUCAGUGCAAAGACCUGAUGCUCAUGUCAGCAACCUCCAGCAUGAGGCACAAGGUGCUUCUCUCCCCUUUGAGGGAAUACAAGGAGAUCCAGUGUUUAUGGGUGAAAAUUGACCUGAGCUUACUCAGUAGGGUUCCGAGCAAAGGCUUAGCAGAAAGAUCCAGAGUGGGAAUCCAAGAAUGGGACAGAAGCGAGAGGACUGACAUCGAUAGAGAGGGAGAUAAGGACAGGAUGGAGGCGGCAGAGAGGGAGAGACAGAAGCUGCAAGAGGGCCCAUGGCCAGGGCUGAGAGAGCGGCAUGAGCUAACCAAAGUGGAAAAAGAAGAGGAAAAAGAGCCAGACAGAGGGAGGAUAACAGAGAGAGAGAAGCAGGUCGAGAGAGAGGACGGAGACAGGUUAAAGCUCGGAGAGAGGACCGCGGGAAGGGACAGAGACACGAUGAGCAAUGGUCUGGAGAUCCUGGACAGUCCUGGGCAAGACCAGAGUGAUCCUUGGCUGUCAAGGCGGACGCAGAGAGGAGACAAAGGAGGCAAACACAGGAGGCCGGCGGCUGAGAAGACAAUGCACCUGACGAAGAAGCACAGCAGCAAGAACAAGAGGAAACAUAAGUCAGAGCACAGUGAGGCGUCAGCAGAGGCCAGCAAGAAGCCACGGCUGGACAAAGACUGCCAGCUCCUUCCCCCUUGCAUCUCUCCAAUACACAACCACAAGAAUAACUCCACCGACACGUUAACCAAGAAGCAUUCUCGACGGCACGAUGACAAGCUGCUUCCCCCGCUUCUAUCGCCUCUCUCUGACGACCAAACCCACAAACAGGUCUGCGGCAGCGGUCCCUCCCUGAGCCAGGAGGCCGGCAGCUCCGCCUCCUCCAUUUCCUCUCUCUCCUCCUCGCACAGACACAGGAGAAGCGACGGCAAAGCGUCCUCACAUGCAAAAAAUCCCAGCGAAAUGGACACCCACGCUGAGCCUCUCGGUGAAGAUGGUUACCACACUAAUGGACAUUUUUCAGACGUGUGGAAGGAGCCAGCGAUGGCCACUGAACCUCUCAGACCAAGACUGUCCUUCACUGACACGAUCCACUCUGCUGACUUCUACAUGCAGGAGGCCAAGAGACUGAAACACAAGGCUGAUGCUUUGAUGGACAAGUUUGGUAAAGCGUUGAACUAUGCAGACGGCGCUCUCUCCUUCAUAGAGUGUGGAAAUGCGAUGGAGAGGGAUCCGCUAGAGGCCAAAUCCCCCUACACCAUGUACUCCGAGACUGUAGAGCUGAUCAGGUACGCCAUGAGGUUAAAGAACUUCAGCAGCCAUUCAGCCUCCAUCGCUGAGAAGAAACUAGCCAUGCUGUGUAACCGCUGUCUGUCUCUGCUGUAUCUGAGGAUGUUCCAUCUGAAGAAAGACCACGCUGUCAAGUAUUCACGCUCACUCAUGGAGUACUUCAAGACUUCAGCCAAAAGUUCACACCAGGUCACGUCUCCAUGGAGGACCAAUGGGAAGGUCAAAGAGACUCCAUCUCCCCCCUCGCUGAGCCUCUCCCCAGCUAGUAACGGAGGAGGAGGAGGUGGAGAAGCAGGGGGAGGAUCUGCAGGCGCCUCAGGCUCAUCAGGCAGUGUGGCUAUUCCCCAACGCAUUCACCACAUGGCGGCCAGUCAUGUUAACAUCACCAAUAAUAUUCUACGGAGCUAUGAACACUGGGAGACUGCGGACAGACUGGCCACUCACAGCCAAGAGUUCUUCCAGGAGCUGGACUUGGUGAUGGAGCCGCUGAGUCAGCAGAGCAGCAUGACUGAACUGGUCCGAUACAUCAGACAGGGUCUGCACUGGCUCCGCCUGGAGGCCCACCUGCUGUAAGACCUGGACCAGGAUGAGGAUAAGAAAGACAACAAAAUCGAACCUGCAAUAAAAUAUGAUGAGGUUCAGGAAGAUGCUUCAACUUCACAAACACCGACGGUAACGUACGACCUUAGACCGGCUGGGAUCUAGAAAUGAACUUUGCCUGUUUGAAAGUCAGCGGGUCUCCUCUGGAGGAAACGGCGUCUGUGUCGGCAGGGUUUGAACUCUGCAACUGAAAAUCUCUCUGUCCCUUUAAGGAAGUUAAGAGGCUCAAACAUUAGACUAAAGCAUGAUUUAUACUGAAGCAGGAAGCAAUCCUCUGACACAGCGGAGGAUCAGAUCUGGUAAAGAGGAGCUAGAACCACCAGAACUGGAGUCAGAUCUGGUAAAGAGGAGCUAGAACCGCCAGACCAGGACUCAAAAAUAAAACCAGCCUCUUAGUCCAGGUCUGGUGGAUCUAGCUCCUCUUUACCAGGUCUGUCAUACAGUAGAAACGGUUUCUAUGAUCUGGAUCUGAGUUUGCCUCAGUAGAAAUCAUAAAAUCUCUGAUCUAGAGUCUGUUGGUUCAUUCAAAUCCGGAUCAGCUGAGACUAGUUAAGAUCUGGAGGACUGGUCUAUCCUGAAAACCAAAGGGCAUCAGUAUCAAAUAUAUGAAAUACUUCUGAGCUGCUGGAUGAUUUUCAGUUAGUUUGGAAUUUGGUCUACCAUGUGGAGCAGGUUUCCUGGAUUUAAACCCUAGAAGUUUGAUCCUGGACCAGGCUGAUCCCAUCCAGACUUUCACAGGAAAACCGGGAUUAAAGUGAGCUGGAUUAAGUUAAUCUAGGUAGAAAAAGGGGAAACUACCAAACCCUGAUUCUCUUUAUUCAGAUAAAACCUUCUGAACUAGCAGGCUGGGAUCAUUGUUGUGAUUUUGGAGGACUAGAAGACCUGGUUGGGUUUUGGUCUGGGAAGAGCAGCAGAGGUGUGUUGAUGGUAGAAACCGGGACGCUCCUCCAGCAGGAAAGGGUCUGAUUCUAAUGGGAUUGUGUAAAAUUCUGUUAUAUUUCCUAAUUAGCCAGCAAGUUGUCAUGGGUGGAGCGAUGGGUGGCGAUGGCGAUGUGGUGAUCCUGGUAUCUGAGCAUGCUUUGUGACGACUUCCCUUCAGCGCAUUUUUGUGACUCAGGCACCUGGAACGCUUUCCCCGUCCUGAUCCAGCUCACCGCAUACUGGGUGCCAGGACCCGGUGGGCUGGACCAGACCUGUGGAGAGGCUCCUGGCUGCAGACAUCGGACCUCUGUAAACGUGUGCAUAGUUGACUUAAUUGGUGCAUGCGCCAGCAGAACCAUUUACCAGCAUCCUUAGCUUUCAGUAAAGUUCUAUAAAGAGGAAUGAUAGCGAGACACAAAGAUUUGAGAAGACAGACUGAUGUAAACGGCAUUUUUCUCACCAUAAAUGUGAGAUUUAUUCAGCAGUGAUAACGUUAGUUGUUUAAUAAAUAUUCUAACUAUUUAAUAAUUGUUCUCUACAGGAUGAAAAUAAAAGGACAUACAUGCUAGGAGAACACAGAAUCGUCUGUAUAGACGCUGCUAAACACAUUCGAUCCUACUAUAGCCUGAGGGACAACCAAGCAGUCUCUUCCCAACAAACACACUGAAUUUUACUUAUUCAUUUUAUUUUUUUAAUUUCUAUUAUGUUUUAUUGUUUUAUCUAAUAAUCAGAUUUAUUUCAUUAUGCACUGAUUAUUUGUAGAAUCAUUUAAUAUGCAAAUUUAUAUUAUGUGUAAAUAUUUAUACAUUUUUAUUUUUUGCACUGCUUUGGUGGUAACUGAUCUGAACAUGCAUAUAAAGCAAACUGAAAUUGAAAGUUGAAAUUAAUAACCCCAAAAAAAGCUGGAAAAAUAAAAGCCUUUACAUAACUGUUGAACUUCAAAAGAUAAAUGAGGGAAACUUUAAAUCACAGGUGUCAAACUCAAGGCCCAGGGGCCAAAUCCGGCCCAUGGAACAGUUAAAUCCG